AUGGCCGACGUCGAGGAACCCCAGUUCACCACUCUCGCCGAGAGGAUUGCUGCCUUGAAUAAGCAAAAAAACUUCAAGGCUCCGGAGGUCAAGGCGAAACGAGCCCCUCCACCCCCACCGCCCGUCAAGGCCGACAACCAAGGCCAGGCAUUGUCUUCAGCUCCCAUAGUCGCAGCACCACAAGAGCGCCCGACACCAUCGAUACCCCCCCGUCCUUCGAGAGCAUUACCUCCCAAGGCCAUCCCCCCGCCACUGCCUCGACGAACGACUGAGUCACCGCAGAUCCAGCCGCAACAUUCACCGGCGGCCAGAGAUCGUGUCGCGCCACCUCCACAGAUCCUCUCACGUAGUGCCACCUCACAUAACUCACCUGCGCUGCCGCCACGGCGACCUUGCACUCAGACACCGCAGUAUCUGGAAGCCCGACGAAACUCAAACGCUUCGGAAAUCUCAACACUUUCGUCUCUUUCCCUGAACAACAAUACUGUGUCGUCAGCUACAAGUAUACACUCCGUUGAUGGCGCAGGUCGCAAAUUGCCUCCGGCGUUCGACCCUGCCAGUCUUCCCCCGCUGCCGCCGACCAAGAGGGAAAGAGAAGCUCAGGCAGCGAAGGAGGUCGUUCUCAAGGAACCUGCGAGACCCCGAGCCCCCAUUCCAAUCAAGUCUGCCCCAGCCAUCAGACAGAUUGAGGCUCCUCAGCGGCCUACAUUACCUCCGCGCCUGAGUAACGCCUCUGCCAACCAACAAAACCAUACAGCUCACCAGCACGCACCGGACCCAGAGCUCCUUCCCACUAAACCUCGCCGACUACCACCCCCAGCAUCUGAGGCCCCUGCUGUAAGGCCCAUUGUUCGUCCGCAAACAGUCACCAAUGGGCAUGGGCAUCAUGUCCAAGACAUAGAGGGUCACAACGUACCAUCGCAGGCUACAGAUAAUUAUCUGGAUGAAGGAGAUGUUCCGCCACCUAUUCCCUUGAGCUCCAGACCCACAACUUCCCAGCCGAGCGCCACAGCCACCCAGCAUGCCCCAGCUGUACAGCAACGCAACGACUGCCUGACCUGCCGCGACUUUUCAAGCCCGGAUGGCGUGGCAGCUCAAUACCCCAGGGAAUCGUUGCCGCGCGAUGACCCUGUCGGCUAUCUUGCUCAUUAUCUUUGCGCCCCUUUCACAUCUCAUACUGACAAGGCGCGGGCUAUUUUCACUUGGUUCCAUCAUAACAUUGCGUACGAUUGUCCAGCGUUCUUCGGCAACAGUGUUCGAGCUCGUGGUGCCGAGGAAACAAUACAGAUGGGAAGAGCUGUAUGUUCCGGCUACGCUGACACCUACAAAGCCAUAGCGGAGCGUGCCGGGCUAGAGUGUAUAACAGUGACGGGUCACGGCAAGGGCAUCGGACACACAGCCCUCAAAAAAGGCGAACGUCCCCCUCCAAAGAAAGCAGAUGGUCAUGCUUGGAACGCUGUGCGGAUCGAUGGGGGAGAAUGGAAGCUCCUCGACUCAUGCUGGGGAGCCGGCAACGUCUCGUCAGCAACUAAAUCAUACACUCCAUCGUUCAAGCCGGAACAGUUCACGCGGUCGAACGAGAUGUUUGGCCUAUCCCACUACCCGAAGGACAACAGACACUUUUUCCGAAGUGACGGCCGCAUACCAACGUGGGAGGAGUAUUACAUUGGCCCCGUCCACGGGGAAACACCGACGGUGUACACCAACGCGCAUCAGGAAGGCAUCGAGGGAAGCAGCGUCUAUCCGCAGGAGAAGCAGAUUUCAGUUUACAGCGGCGAGUGCGUGCGCUUCCAGUUCUCCAAGCUGUGCGAGCACUGGACGUCACAGCGGCACGGACUCGGGAAGCCGCCACUGCUGCUCCUGAGUAUUGGUGGUCGAGACGGCCGCAAGAAGGAAAUGGUGCCGAUGGACACAGAUGGCUACUGGUGGUGGCUCGAUGUUAACGCCAUUGAUCUCGGUGCGCCGGGGUGA